CUAGUGAAAUAAAACAUUGUAGCCUAUGGAGUGAGUGGUGUAUAUUUGUCAAUUUCAUGACGCUAAAAACGUAAAUGUGUGAAAUUCAGGAUUAUUCUAUUGAGCAUAAGGAUAUUUAUGUUCAUAAAUAUUCGGCGUGUUUAGACAUGGAUUUGUACAUCACCGACUCACUCCAGGACAUGCUGGACAUGGACAUAAAAAAUGAAAUAGCAACAGAUUUAAGCAGCAUAACAGAUUUUUCCGAUUCAUUAGGAUUAAAUUUCUCAGAAAUGCCGCCCUUACUCGAUAUGGACACAGAUAAUUCUGUAACGUGGCUCAAUAACUCCUCGUCGAGUUUCGUACACAAUCUUGAUUUAUACGGAAGCGAGGCAAAUGCAGUGAUGGUCAAUCCAAAUUCAGUUAUGCCGUCGACAUUUGCCGAAACUCCUGUAAAAAGCGUCGUCAAAGAGGAAGCUUCCAACUUGUUGUUAACAUCUGCUGCGAACAAUGAUCUAAACCAGAACACUUCGCUAUCGAGUCCAAAGGAAGAAAAAAGUCAUUUAACAUUUUCACCGAACGCAAUUAAAGUAACAAAACCGCAAGAAGAUGAUACGACGUCGAAAAGACAAACCGAGGAAGCUACGCAGAUGGUUAUUUACGUGCGGAAACAAGACAAGAAUGUUGUGAAGGAUUUGUUAAAGGAUCUAGACACCAGUAAGAUGAAGUUGAACACGAGCUCAACGGUAACGCCGCUUACGCGGAUAAAGACAAAUCAAACUGAAAUUAUUAAAGUAAAUAACAAGAACUGUUCAAUUUUAAACACUAGCCAUAAGAUAACACAACAAAUAGGUGCUAAGACAAUAAUUUCGGGUAAUAUACACAUACUGGACGCUCAGCAAUCUAGGACAAUUUUAGCGAAUGGUAAUAAAAAUCAAGCGACAAUAUUAAUUGAUAAUUCGUCGCUGAGUAAUAGUAGGCAAAUAAUAAAGACAUCGGUCGGUGGGACAUAUACGGUCGAAAAUAGUCAAGCGAAAUAUGUAAAUACUACUAGUAAUAAAAAUAAUAAUGCUGUGGGCGAGUUUCCCAAGCCCGCCUAUUCGUAUUCCUGUUUAAUAGCGAUGGCGCUGAAGAAUUCUAGAACGGGAAGUCUACCUGUUUCUGAGAUCUAUAAUUUUAUGUGUCAACACUUUCCAUACUUUAAAACGGCUCCUAAUGGUUGGAAAAAUUCUGUAAGGCAUAACUUAAGUUUAAAUAAAUGCUUCGAAAAAAUUGAAAAACCAUCAAGUAAUGGAAGCCAACGAAAAGGAUGUUUAUGGGCUAUGAACCCAUCAAAAGUGGGCAAAAUGGACGAAGAAGUUCAAAAGUGGUCAAGAAAGGAUCCUCAAGCCAUCAAAAAAGCUAUGAUAUAUCCUGAUAGUCUAGAAGCGCUAGAACGUGGCGAGAUGAAGUAUUCCGGGUUCGGCAGUGACACAGAGGCGGAGGAUGACGCUGAUGUUGAUGGUGAUCCCGAUCUAGAUCCAGAUCUAGAGAUAGAUCCUGAGGUCAAGGAAGAGGUGGAUGACACGCUGGUGGAGCAGGAGGUAUCAGACCAAGAGCUAGAAGUGGAAGAAGUGGUAGAAGGUACUGGAAUGGUGGGAACGUACAGACUGCUGGCUGGCGGACCCGCGCUGUCCUACGUUACGGAUGACUGCGUGGAUGAACCCAGUGAUGUUGAGGUGCUCGACCAAUCGUACGAUGAUAUCGACAUCGACGAAAUGAAACCCGUCAAACUCGAUCUGUCCUUUACGGAAAACUAUACGAUCCAACCAGCCAAGCGCGCGAAGACCAGCUUCAUCUACCAACCCCUGACGCCACAGUCGCACACGAGCCGACGGAAAACGCCGCUCGUCAACCGAGUGGCUCUAGUUUAAUUCGAUUUAAUCAAUUGUGAUCCACGGAGGCCAUCCUCCUAGUUAAGUGAUUGUGAAUGUGGUUUGAACUGUUGUGAUAGUGACACGAACACUCGUUACAUUAUGUACACUGAAACGUCUCGUGAUGUCCUAUUUUUUUGUGUAUUGUGUCGACAAUUUUCGGUAGCCGGUAAGUAGGAUUACUAUUGUGAGUACAAAACGUGAAUAUUAAAUUUUGCUACUCUGUUCGUACUUUUUUUACUAUGUAGCAUUAGGUAUAGUUUAAUUCAUUAAGUAAUGUUUCGUGAAUAGCGUAUCGUAGGAAGAACUAUAGCGGGUAUUUUACUAAAGAUCCCACCGCUUGUAAAUAUUAAAUGUAAUUGCUUUGUUGACACUGGCAGUUUAUGUCGACUAGGCAUUUCUGAAUCCAAUAUAAUAUUAUGUCCAUAUAACGCUUUAAAUGUAUUCUCUAAACAAUCCAUUUUAUAGAAUACAUUUGAUCAUCAUGUACCUCUCUAUUAGGCCUAGGAUUAUGUAUAAUUAUGUCUCAAAUUAAGCUUUAUAAUUAAAAAUUAGAAUAAUUGUUUGAAAUAAUAUCUUUUAAGGAAUUUAAUUGCUAUCAUUCACAACUACGCAGUAUUAGACAUCAAAACUAUCAUUAAUUGAAUUCCUUAAAAAAGUUUAUUUCAAUUGUACUAAUAACUUACUGCUUUUAUGUGAAUAGGCUAUUAAAGUAUAUAAUAUAAAUUGGGUUUAGUUAUGACUAGUGAUAAGUCUUAGUUUGUAUUGUUUGUUCUUAUAUCACUCUGAAUAUGUAAGUUGGUUACAGCUCGGAAUUUUAUAAGAACUUAGCAUUUACUAAUUUAAUAAUAUGUAUUAGAAUUAAAAAUUAAUACAGAAUUUUUGUAUGAACUUUAACACAACAUAAUAACUGAGUAGAUAAAAUAAGGUGGCAAAAUGUAACUGAAAUGAAUUAAAAAUGUGUUAGAUAAUAAUCAAUUGCUAUAAAAUUAUGGGUUUGGAAUUGGAAUAGGCAUUAUUCUAUUGACUGAAUUCAUUAUAUUCAUAAUUUUAGUAAUCUUAGUGUGAAAAUCAUUCAUUAUUAGAAUACACUGGUUUAAUUCGGAUCUUAUACUGAUAUAUAAGUUAGAUAUAAAUUGGUAAAGCAUCAGCACUAAUAUUAUGUUUCUCCAAUCUACUUAUUUUUUGUAUCAAAUCAUUAUUGUUUUUACGGUGCAAAUACGUAUUUUUGUUCAACUUAAAGGUGCCUUUGGGCUAGUCCUAUUUUGAUUUCUUUUAUGAUACAAUAAUGUUUGUUCUCUUGAUUAUGAUAAUGUGUUGAAUUAUUCUGUUAUACAUGUACAUAAUAUUUGAGUUGAAUGUAUUUGUUUAAAUACAAAAACAUCAUCUUCAUUUAUUAUAUUAAACUAAAUUUUUUUAAGGAGUUGUGGGAUAACAGCAAUUGU